GCCUUGGCCCUAGCCAUGGCAUCCUAUCCUGGACCAGGCAAACCCAAGGCCAAAUAUCCCUUUAAGAAGCGGGCCAGCCUGCAAGCUUCCGCUGCCGCUCCAGAGGCACGGAGUGGUCUGGGGACCUCACCACUGCAGUCUGCCCGCUCCCUGCAGGGUACUGCCCCCUGCCUCAAGCACUUCCCGCUCGACCUUCGCACGUCUAUGGAUGGCAAAUGCAAGGAGAUUGCUGAGGAGUUGUUCAGCCGCUCACUGGCUGAGAGUGAGCUCCGCAGCGCCCCUUACGAGUUCCCAGAGGAAAGCCCCAUCGAGCAGCUAGAGGAAAGGAGGCAGCGGCUGGAGAGGCAGAUCAGCCAGGAUGUCAAGCUGGAGCCGGAUAUUCUGCUUCGGGCCAAGCAAGACUUCCUGAAGACAGACAGUGACUCGGACUUACAGCUCUACAAGGAGCAAGGAGAGGGGCAGGGUGACAGGGGCCUUUGGGAGCGUGAUGUGGUCCUCGAACGGGAAUUUCAGCGGGUCAUCAUCUCUGGGGAGGAGAAGUGUGGGGUGCCAUUCACAGACCUGUUAGAUGCAGCCAAAAGUGUGGUGCGGGCGCUUUUCAUCCGGGAGAAGUAUAUGGCCCUAUCACAGCAGAGCUUCUGUGCUACCACUCGCCGUUACCUGCAGCAGCUGGCUGAGAAGCCUCUGGAGACUCGAACCUAUGAACAGAGUCCUGAUACCCCUGUGUCUGCUGAUGCCCCAGUGCACCCCCCAGUGCUGGAGCAGCACCCGUAUGAGCGCUGUGAGCCAAGCACCAUGCCUGGGGACCUGGGCUGGGGUCUGCGUAUGGUGCGUGGUGUGGUGCAUGUCUACACCCGCAGGGACCCUGAUGAGCACUGUCCAGAGGUGGAGCUGCCGUACCCCGACCUACAGGAGUUUGUAGCUGACGUCAACGUGCUGAUGGCCCUGAUCAUCAAUGGCCCCAUAAAGUCAUUCUGCUACCGCCGGCUGCAGUACCUGAGCUCCAAAUUCCAGAUGCACGUUCUGCUUAAUGAGAUGAAGGAGCUUGCUGCACAGAAGAAGGUGCCACACCGGGACUUCUACAACAUCCGGAAGGUGGACACGCACAUCCAUGCCUCCUCCUGCAUGAACCAGAAGCAUCUGCUGCGCUUCAUCAAGCGGGCGAUGAAGCGCCACCUGGAGGAGAUCGUGCAUGUCGAGCAGGGCCGGGAGCAGACGCUGCGUGAGGUCUUCGAGAGCAUGAACCUCACUGCCUAUGACUUGAGCGUGGACACCCUCGACGUGCACGCGGACAGGAAUACCUUUCAUCGAUUUGACAAAUUCAACGCCAAAUACAACCCUAUCGGGGAGUCCGUCCUCCGAGAGAUCUUCAUUAAAACCGACAACAAGAUUUCCGGGAAGUACUUUGCUCAUAUCAUCAAGGAGGUGAUGUCAGACCUGGAAGAGAGCAAAUACCAGAACGCAGAGCUCCGACUGUCUAUCUACGGGCGUUCGAGGGACGAGUGGGACAAGCUGGCACGCUGGGCGGUGAUGCACAAAGUACACUCUCCCAAUGUGCGCUGGCUGGUGCAGGUGCCCCGCCUCUUUGAUGUGUACCGCACCAAGGGCCAGCUGGCCAACUUCCAGGAGAUGCUGGAGAACAUCUUCCUGCCGCUGUUUGAGGCUACUGUGCACCCUGCCAGCCACCCAGAGCUGCACCUCUUUCUGGAGCACGUGGAUGGUUUUGACAGCGUGGAUGAUGAAUCCAAGCCGGAGAACCACGUCUUCAACCUGGAGAGUCCCCUCCCUGAAGCUUGGAUGGAGGAAGACAACCCACCCUAUGCCUACUACCUGUACUAUACCUUUGCCAACAUGGCCAUGCUGAACCACCUGCGCAGGCAGAGAGGGUUCCAUACGUUUGUGCUGAGGCCACACUGCGGGGAGGCUGGACCCAUCCACCACCUGGUGUCAGCCUUCAUGCUGGCCGAGAACAUCUCCCACGGGCUGCUGCUACGCAAGGCCCCUGUCCUGCAGUACCUGUACUACCUGGCUCAGAUUGGCAUUGCCAUGUCCCCGCUCAGCAACAACAGCCUGUUUCUCAGCUACCACCGGAACCCUCUUCCUGAGUACUUGUCCCGUGGCCUCAUGGUCUCGCUGUCCACAGAUGAUCCCCUGCAGUUCCACUUCACCAAGGAGCCCCUGAUGGAAGAGUACAGCAUCGCCACCCAGGUGUGGAAGCUCAGCUCCUGCGACAUGUGUGAACUGGCUCGUAACAGUGUGCUCAUGAGUGGCUUCUCCCACAAGGUAAAGAGCCACUGGCUGGGACCCAACUAUACCAAGGAGGGCCCUGAGGGCAAUGACAUCCGCCGUACCAAUGUGCCAGACAUCCGCGUGGGCUACCGCCACGAGACCCUGUGCCAGGAGCUGGCGCUUAUCACACAGGCCGUCCAGAGUGAGAUGCUGGAGACCAUCCCGGAGGAAGUGGGCAUCGUCAUGAGCCCAGGGCCUUAGUGAGCCUGGCCUAGGCAGUGCUUGCCCCAUCUCAGCAACUUGAUUGUGUCUGGUUGGACCCCUCCCACCUGGUGUGGUCUCUGCAUGUCUCUGUUCUUUGUUUCUGUCCCGCAUGUCUUUGAUCGUCUCUUGCCUUUGGGUCACCUCAGUGAAACCAAGUCUAGGAAUCGGCUUCAGUAUUCUCUUGGCUCAGGUGGUACCUGAUGGCUAAGAUUGAAAGGUUGGCCCUGCUAGUGACCCAUCCCAGGAUUGUCGGCAGUCUGGCUAUCUUCUGGUGUCUUCAGUGUCCACAGGGGCUAGGGAUGGUUGUAUGGGGCUG